AUCCGUAACGCAGAACUAGCCUGCUACUUCACGCACUUUCGACUGGAGACCCCACAUGUCAUAUUGACACUUCGGUCUGCUGUUAUGGUGCUAUACAAAUUGAAGAACUUCCGUCUUGCUGGUCAGAUGGCACGCCGGCUGCUCGAUUUAGCUCCCUCGCUGGAAGUGGCUACGCAGAUGCGCAAAAUAUGGCAGACAUGUGAGGCCAACCCAACAGAUGAGCAGACGCUGAACUACGAUCCUCGAAACCCUUUCGAGAUAUGUGCAGCUUCCUACUUGCCUAUAUAUCGGUGA